AUGGCCCACGUUCAGGUCAGCCACAACGUUACCAUCGGCAUACUAGCUCUUCAAGGAGCUUUCGCGGAGCACCAGGCUGCCCUGAAAAAGCUUUCAUGUCAGAAGAAAAUCGCGAUUGUUCUUGUUCGGGCUGCAGAAGAUCUUUCAGCCUGUGAUGCUCUGAUAAUCCCCGGAGGGGAAUCUACCACUAUUGCGCUCCUCGCUAAGCUCGCCGGGCUUUUAGAACCUCUGCGAACGUUCCUGCAGAAGAAGCCCGUGUGGGGGACCUGUGCCGGCGCGAUUCUUCUUGCACAGGCAGUGAAGAACACCAAAAAAGGCGGCCAAGAACUUCUGGGCGGAGUAUCUGUCACCGUCGCUCGGAAUGGUUGGGGUUCACAGGUUGAAUCUUUCGAGGCACCUCUUUCAAUAGACGGGCUCCAGGAUCCAAGUGUUCCGUUUAUGGGUGUAUUCAUUCGUGCUCCUGUUAUAUUAGCCUUACAUCCAUCCACACGGAACCCACCAAUAGAAAUCAUCGCUCGUUUACCGACUAAUCUUGUGCCAAAGUCACAGAAGCUGAUGGUCCACAACGAAGGCGACUCCGAUCCACACGAUCCACAAAGUAUCGUUGCAGUACGGCAGGGACGACAUAUGCUCACCACAUUCCACCCUGAGCUCACAAAUGAUGGUCGAUUUCACGAGUAUUUUGUGCGGACUUGUGUUUUGCCCACACUCCUGUGA